CCUGCUGUGGCUCGUGCCCUGCCCCAUCUGCCCCUGAGCCUGAGGAAGGCUCCUAUCGUGUGUUCAAAAUGGGCAUAGCGCCCAGGGCCCCAGCGGAUGCAGAGGAGCCUAGAUGGCAGUGUGUCAGGAGGUGCUCCUUAGGGCUCCCACUCCGGGCGACCCCCAGCCCCCGCCUCCCCAGUCGGGCCACAGCCAACAGAGCGUGGGAGCUGUCUCGGGCAGAAGCCUCUGGACAAGCAUUCUCCAGUGGAGAAGACUUCUGGGGUCCCUUCUGGCUCUGGGGUUCUGGAAUUGGGGACAUCGUGACUCAGCAAUUGAGGAUGAGUCAGGAGCUAUGUGUUUCCCAGCUCACUGCCCAGAAAAGGCAGGAAGCCGUGACAGCUGACGGCGGUAGCACACGUGCCCACGUGUGGGUCUGGACAGAGCCCCACCGAUGGGAACCCCCGGGGAUCUUUGGUGAAGUGGCCAAGUCCAGGGGGGACCUGGAGGGACCCUACGGCGGCCCAGCCCGAUCCAGGAGUGUGGCAGAGCCGGGCGUGCCCUUCGUCCAUUCAUUCGUUCUCUCACCCCUUCGUUCAUUCAUCUGGAGACGUCCGGGGAGCGCUGGGCUCUGGCUGGUGCCGGGUCCAGGGGUGGCUGGACAGGCUCUGUCCUCAGGGACUCACAGGGAGCUGAGAGACAUAAACAGGGAAGAAAAACGAAGGGACAAAGAGACAGCGGGUUCAGGGAAACCUGCCAGGGCAGGGGAGGCGGUGCGUCCGAUUUUCCAGGCCAGGACACAGAGGCCUCCUCCUGGGAUGCCGGACCUUCCUGGGGCCCUUGGCUGCCUUCAGGGCUCCUUGACCCACGCCAUGUGA